GAUCACCAACAGCUCCACGUAUUGUGGCUAUGUUUAGUAGCCCAGCAAUAAUUAUUUUAAUGGCAAAGCAUCAAGGGCGGCGGUCAAUACGAACAAAGAGAUAAAAAGUUCUACAGCCAAUAUUCUCGCAUUUCGUGGACUCUCUCCCUGUCUUAUGCCAUUCAGUCAAGAACUACAAAAUACAUCUUCAGUAGGGGAGCUUGUUCCCAUUCCAUCUCAGAAACUCCUGGAGAUGUCAACAGUAGCUUUAUGUAUGACCUUAACCAUCCCCUUUAACGGACUGUUCCAUGUCAGUAUUGCCCACCUACUGAGCUUGGUCGGGAUGGCUCCUGGAUCGAGCGCGAGCAUGGUGAUGUUGGAGUACGUCGCUUUCACCUGGUGCGCAAUGGUGACUGUUUCCAUAUUCAACGCCGCUUUUGCAGUGCGGUAGCUAAUAUACUCUCCGAAAUCAUUAUUUGUGGCGCAAUUUCGGAGUU